AAAUAAUGCCAAGACAUUCUUCUAGUUCAAGUAGGAGCCAUAGAAGUAAAUAAAAAUAAUUGAAAUAUGGAUAGAAAAGCAUAGUAAGAAGCAUCGUAGAUACUCAAGUUCUUCUUGUUCAUCUUCUUCAGAUUCAUCAUCUGAGCGUCAUUACGAAAGAAGAAGGAGAGUGCAUCAUAGUAAUCGUCGUUCAAGAUCACCUAGACCACGUUCAUCGAGUUCAAUAAAGAAGGUGUUUAUGAAUGUAUAAAUAAAAAUGAAUAAUGUUAGCCCAUUUAAUCCAAAUCAAGCGCAGAGACAAUCAAAGAAUAUAGGGCUUAACAUAAUAUUUUUAUUCGUUCUUAACAUGUAAAUGUCCCAGAUCCUAUCAUGAGAUUUGAGGAUGUUUAAUGUUUUCCACAAAUAUUGAUGGAUUUAUUGUUAAAGGCCGGUUUCAAAGGACCUACUGCAAUAUAAGCAUAAGGAUGGUCGAUAGCAUUAACAGGACAUGAUCUAAUUGGAAUAGCAUAGACAGGUUCUGGUAAAACACUUGCCUUUCUUUUACCAGCGAUUGUCCAUAUUUUAGCAUAAGUUAGAUCCCAUGAUGCAAAAUGUUUAAUAUUGGCACCAACAAGAGAAUUGACAUUACAAAUAUAUGAACAAUUUUAAAAAUUUUCAUUGGGAUCUUAACUUUAUGCAGCAUGUUUAUAUGGAGGAUAAGAUCGCUAUAUAUAGAAAAGUUAAUUAAGAAAAGGCCCUUAAGUUUUGAUUGCUUGUCCAGGUCGUUUGAUUGAUCUAUUGGAUUAGGGUUGUACCACCCUCAAAUAGAUUAGUUUUCUAGUACUCGAUGAAGCUGAUAGAAUGCUUGAUAUGGGUUUUGAACCAUAGAUUCGUAAAAUUGUUGAUCAAAUACGACCAUAAAGAUAAACUAUGCUUUUUUCAGCUACCUGGCCUAAGGAAGUUUAAAAAUUAGCAUUAGAUUUUUGUAAAUAAGAACCAGUUCACAUAUAGAUAGGAAAUGUAGAAUUAACAUCAAAUAAGAUGAUUAAACAAAUAGUUUACGUGAUGAAAGCUAUUGAUAAAAAUUAAAGGUAUAAUUAAACUAUUGAUGGUUCAAAAUAUAUAUACAAGAUCAUCAAUAUCUUUGUUAUUUCAAAUAUAUAUUAAGGUUACUUUAUUUGUUGAAAGAGAUCGCAUAGAAAAAAAUACUAAUCUUUUGUUCCACAAAGAAAGGAUGUGACUAACUUUAAAAGACUUUAGAUCGAGAAGGUAUAAGAUGUCUGGCAAUACAUGGAGAUAAGAAAUAAAGUGUAAUAUAUAGAUAUUAGAAUUUAUUAGGAGAGAGAUUAUGUAAUGAGUCAUUUUAGAAAUGGAAGAUCAACUGCUUUAAUAGCAACUGAUGUAGCAUCAAGAGGAUUAGAUAUUAAAGAUAUAGAAAUAGUAGUCAAUUAUGACAUGCCUAAAGUUAUCGAAGAUUAUGUACAUAGAAUAGGUCGUACUGGUAAUCAUUUUUAUUUAUAUAUUUAUAUAGGUCGUGCUGGUGCUGUAGGUUAAUCUAUUUCAUUUUUUGCUUCAGAUGAAGAUGCUAGGAUGGCUAAAGAUCUUGUUGAAAUACUUAGGGAAUCUUAAAAUGAUGUUCCUUAUGAUUUAAGAAGUCUUGUUGAUUAAAAUAAUAAAGGAAAUAAUUAUAAUCCUUAUAGAAGAUGGAAUUCUACAGGUAAUAGACAUAUUCAAUAACCAUUCAUUUAACAUUAGCAUCAAAAUUAACAUUCAAAUUAACAUUAACCAUCUCAUUAUCCAUCCUCAUGGUAAUUUUAAGCAUUCAAUCCAUAAAUCCUUUAAUAGAUUAAUCCAUAUCAAAUUUGA